AAAAGUUAACAUUGCAAAACAAGUACAUCAAAGAACAGCAAUAAAACCUGAAAAUAAUUUGUAAAUAAUUAUACUUUAUUUCAGCUUCUCUUCAUUUGAACAAACAAUCAGAUGAUAGUUCAUCUUCGAUUUGCGAUAUUCAUAUCCAAAAAAGUAAUACCGUCUCGAAGUAUCAGUCCGACAGCGAUGAUGCAAAUCAAAUGAAAAGAUUUGCACGUUUAUCUAAUUCAAAUAAUGCUAGCAAUAUCGAAAGCGAUUCGGUUAACGAAAAUUUUGUACCGAGAGUAAAUCCAAGACGUAAACGAAAAUUUAAGAGAAUGGCGGUUGACUCUGAUACUAAUCCCUCAACUUCUCAAGCUGUUGCAGUGUCCGCGACUCUUGCAAAUAAAAAGAGAAUUCUUCGUACUGAUUGUAAAAAUAAAUAUGGGACGAUAUGGUGUGGAAAGCGCAAGAGGUCUUGUAGGGAGCGGUCUACGGAUUGUGAAAUGAGAUCACCGAAGACGGAUAAAAACACAAAAUCAAAAAAUCGUGUUAAAGUACAAACUGAGGAUGGCAUUGAUUGCUCUAGAAUAUCCAGUUCAAGUAUUUCAUCCAGUGAUUCUGAAGCUGGACUUAUUACAAAUGACGAAGACCGCGAAGGGGAUGAUGAACAAUCUGACUGGAUUCGGGAACCAAGUUGGUGGGACGAUGCUGAAAAUACUAGUGAAGAUAAAGUUAAUACAGAGUCGCCGUUACAAAUGAUGUUACAUGGUAAUUUCGAACAUACAAUGCUUGAAACAAGAAAAAGUUAUAGAAAGAAAAUUCAACGACUUCGAGAAGGUCUUAGUGGAAGAGAAAUUCGGGCUGGUCGUCGGCACGUUGAUAACAAGCCUGGAUAUUCAAUUAUCACAUCUGCCAACGAGAAAGUAUCCAGAUUUUUACAAGAUCCGACGCAAAAUGAGCUUCGACUGCACCCCAUGCGGCAACCUGAGCGAGAGAAACUUCGUCGACUUGCAAACUUAUACAGCUUAAGUUUAAAAGGAGAUUUAGGUUGUCCUAUUUUGUAUAAAACUCGACAUACUACACAAGCCGUGUGUGUAGAUCAAGUGUCACUUAAUCGAUUUUCUGGUUACAAGAGAUUAAGAAGAACUCCGCCGAAUUCACCAAACUCGGAAUUAAUAAUACAUAAUCCAGACCAUCAAAUUUCUAGUACAAGUUUCAGUCAAAUCAUAAGCCCUACAUCGAAAUUAGAUUCGGUGCAACCUUUACAAUUUCCUCACUUUAAAUGGGAGUCAAAUAGUAUGGAUAUUGAAAUUCAUGCGAAAUCAAAAUUACAUGAUUUUGAUCAUUCAAAGUCGAGUUAAGCCAAAUCUUUAAUGUCAAUUUGUUUCCAGAAAUAAAUUAUUUAUAUAAA